ACUAGUUGAGUGCCGCUCCCGAAUCCCGUUGCGCCGUUAGUUGGCGGCUUCUAAAAGGUGGGGCUCUCGCGGCACAGACACAAACACAACAGGUCGUCGUCGACGUUUGAUUUUGAUUUGGUUUUCUACCCCCACCGACGUGUCCGUCAUCACAGCCCGCAGGGUCUCGGUCAUCAUCAUCAUCAGUGUCAUGGGACUAAAAGAAUUGACUCGUUUAGCGGCACAUUGGCAACUGAUUUGUUGAAUCGUUGCUGCUGUGGCAGUCGUCGUCGCAUUGUGUCCGUCUGUGUGUGUGUGUCCGACUGUCUGUCUGUGUGUGUGUGUGUGGCCGAGUGUACAUAGUGUGUGCUGGGCGCUUGGUAACGAGGACCCCAUUCAAUCCGUGACACGGCGGUCGGUCUCUCUCGGUCUCGCUCUUCUCUGCCGACUCCACUCGUUGGAUCGAUCAACGACUCAACUGCUCCUGCUGUGGAGAGGCACCAGCGACUCAAGGGCCUUGGCCCCAUCUCGCCUUUCUUCUUCCCAUUGCCUCUGAUAUUUCUCUCUCGACAGUCGACUCGUGACAUCUUCUUCUUAACAGAUCUUGACGUGAUGGCCAGCGGGACGAGUUGGUUAUCGGCCGGAAGGACAGCAGAAGAAACAGAAGCCGCUCACGAUCUCCUCCAAUUGGCUUAUUCCCUGCCACCGUUGAGUGGCAGCAGUGAUGGAGCCGACGGCGGAAGCGGCGGAGCUCAUAACGACCACGUCAUUAGGCCCACCCGAAACAACAUCCAGCAGCACCAUCAAAGAGCCACCGUCCUCAUGGUGGCCGAAGCCGCCGAAUUCGCCUCCAGACAUCAGCAGCAGCCGGACAAUCCGCUCCUAACUCCGCCCGUCUCCGAGUCCUAUUGCAGCAAUUCCUCCUCUUCUUCUUCUUCUUCUUCUUCCUCCUCCUCAUCUUCGUCAGAUUCCGUCGAUUCCGGCCGGAGUUCGCCGCAGACGCCGUUGGGCGAUCGGACGUCGUCCCAUCGGAUGCGCCACGUCGACAACGGCGACGGCCACCACCGGCGCUACGUUUGCGGCGAGUGCGGCAAGGCGUACGCGACGUCGUCCAACUUGUCCCGCCACAAGCAGACGCACCGCAAUCUGGAGUCGGGCGGAAGUAAGCCGUGCCCGACUUGCGGCAAGACCUACGUCUCCAUGCCGGCCCUGUCUAUGCACCUGCUGACUCACGCCCUGACCCACGUCUGUCCCGUCUGCUCUAAGGCCUUUUCCCGGCCGUGGCUCCUGCAGGGCCACAUGCGCUCGCACACGGGCGAGAAGCCUUACGAAUGCCACCUGUGCUACAAGGCCUUCGCCGACCGCUCCAACCUGAGGGCCCACAUGCAGACGCAUUCCUCCGUCAAGAGUUUCAGGUGCGGCCAGUGCCACAAGACGUUCGCUCUCAAGUCUUACCUUCACAAACAUCAAGAGACUUCGGCCAAUUGCUGCGUCAAAACUUGACUUUGUUUGACCUUUUCUCUUUAUCUUUCUCGUCUGCUCUCUCGUGAAUAUUUUGCGUACCAUCAACUCAUUCCAGUCACUCACCAAGUCAUUUUGGUAAUCGUGUUUUCUUUUUUUGGUUUGCGUCAUUUUCGUACAUGUUCAACCUGCGAUAAUCUACUUAAAAAGUCAACGGCGUCAUCGGCAGCAGGCCUCCCCCGCUAUUCUGUACCAUAACUUCGUAAUAAUACUCUCUCCCAGGCCCCAGUCCCUUUUUACACCCAAUUUCAUGUGUGUUACGUUCAUUUCGCUCCCCAUUGUCUAGUCCUCUCUCAUCGUGAUCAGCCCGACGUCGCAUAAGACAAUUUCCUCUCCAGCAAUAUAUAUAGCGAACCAUGAUAUAUACUGUACUUAACCAUUUCGAUCUAAAUAGGCUCUACACCACUUUAUUCGAGCUACGAUGAUAUGAUAUACUCGGUCUCAUGUGUAACUCUGAUACAAUGACAUACUGUAUAGUGCGUGUGUGUCGCACAACGAAACGAUAAAUAUUUCAGAUUCAUGCACCCAGCAGCGAGGGAGGCGAAAAUGAAAUAAGUGGGUGGUAAUAAUAACACGUACCAAAGUCGCAAUAAAUCGUGUCAAAUUGCGUCGAUUGGAGGCUCCCCCCCCCCCUCUCUCUCUCUCUCUUUCACUGUGUUAUUCCCAUCUGAAAAUACCUAGCGUUAUAUUAUUACUUUGGACGUUAACGGUCCUGUCAGCUUUUUUUUCCUCUUUUUUUAUUUAUUUCCCUCCUCCCAGUCUCAAACAUUUGUCAGCAAUAUGACUCAACUCAUCUACCUGUCAUCCGACAUUGAUUGCCCUCCACGCCCCACCCAAAACACCAACAAAAAGACAACAACAAAAAGACACGACAAAUUUAACGAAUUUGCAACUCCGAAAUAAUUGUUUGAAAGAAAAAAAGUUAAAAAAACAAAAAAAUAUUACUUAAUUAAAAAAAAAGAUGUGUCUUUUGAUAUUACUACGUGUGAAAUAUGGCCGAGUCAAAAAGUGUUUCCUAUGUCAAACAAAAAAUCGAUACCGUGUGUGUGUACUAUAUACAUCUAUAACUUAUGGUGAUUUUUCCAGCUUUUCAAGUAUGUAUUAUUUGAUUAAUUAUAUACUCGAUCAAACUGCUGGUCCUCGUCGAACGGGACGGGGAAAUCAUCGUCCAAUAAUAAUACUUGUGUCAUUCCACAUGUUGAAACCCGAUACAUCCCUCCUAUGAAUAUAAUUCCUAUAAUAUGACAUUUUACCUACAUCAUCGAUCGCUCCGUGAUGCUGUGUGCUGUUUUCUCUCUCUCUAUUUCUCUCUCUCUCUCUCCCAAUCAUACACGUCUCCUGAAAUU